AUGAAGAACCCACUUGCUGGCUGCACGCAUAAUCGGGCAUAUCAAGAGCUGAAAGAGUAUUCUAAAAAUGGAGAUAAUUACUGCAAGCAACUCUUAUCGAUCCUUCAACAGAGGACUAGUCUGGAGAUUACAUAUGGUAAAGGACUGGAGAAAUUGGCAAACAAGCUUGCCAAAAUGCUGAAUAAAAUAAAAGUGAACUGUAUUCAUAGUACUUCACUUUGUGUUUCUGAGGAGCUGAAAUCUGCAUCAGAUUUGCACAGAAAGCUUGGCAAAACCAUUCAGACAGAAUCGAUAAACCCAAUGAAUCGUAUCCUGCAGGACCACGAGAAGAAGAAAAAAAUAGUAGAUAAAACAGUUGAGAAGGCAGCUGAAGCAGUUAUCAGCAACUGGCAUCAACAGUUAAAGGCCAAGAAGAAGUUAAAGGAGCUAACCAAGGACCAUGAAGCACUUUUCCGUGAUACAGAAAGCUCCUACCCGCUGGCUUCCCCAAAGACCAAAAAAAAGUUGCUCAGAAACCUAGAAAAAUCUGCAAUCAAACUGGCAAAGGACGAUGAAGACUAUUAUAAGAAGAACUUAACUGCCUGUGAAACUCGGGUGAAAUGGGAGCAUACAUUAGAAAAUGGACACCAGAGCAUUCUUGACCUUGAAAAAGAGAGACUCCUGCUUCUCUGCAAUACGUUACAUAGUUAUAGCCAGCUUCUUUCUCAGUUUGGACAAAGCCUCAUUGCUUGCCAGGCAAAGGUUCACAGUGCUGUUGCUGAAGCAGAAAUUGACAAGGACAUGCAGACAUUAGUGAACGAAAUGUCGGUAACCACGGCAGAGACCAAACUGGAGCUCUUGUUAACAGACUACUAUGAAGAAGAUUUGAUGAGCCUAAUUGAAAAAGAGAGGAGACAAACUGCCAUUAAAGCUAAAAUAUUACGGGUACAGACAGACUUGGAGAAGGCCCUACAGGACAAAACAGGCUUAGAACGGAUGCUUCAGGCUUACAAAGAAACCCCACAAUUUUCAGAUGCAAAGAAUAUAAAUGAUACCAUUGGACAGCUUAACGAGGCAACUCUGAAAGCUGCCCUUCUGCAAGCAAAUCAUUUCAAGUUGGGGAGUGUGCUAGCUGACAUUGAAAAGAGGCCUAAACCAACUUGUCUCUGGAAUGACUGCAUUUCAAAAUGGAAAGAAAAGGACUGUGUACAUAGUUCUGUGGCAGUCAGUUGCCCUGUUACAAUGAGGAGCAUUAAGCAGACCUUGAAAAUGAGGAACACCAGUGAAGCUGGGAUUAGCUCUAACUGUCUGCCAGAAAUGCUGGGCAGUGCAAAGUCCACCACCUCUUUGCAGCUGGAGAAUGGAAAUUCAGCAAGUGGAGCAUGUCGAGCUUUGUACGAUUACCACACAGAAAGGGAGGAUGAGCUUUACUUGAGUGAAGGUGAUAUAAUUGUAAUUCAUCACAAAGACAAGAGGGGCUGGUGGUACGGUUCUAGAAAUGGGGAAAAAGGCCAUUUUCCUGCUACGUAUGUGGAAGAAGUCACUCUCUCGACCAACAGGAGUGAUGAAGAAUCUUCUCUUUAAAAAGAAAAAGAAAAAGAACCACACCAAUAUGGACAGCAAGUUCACCUGACCCGUUUCUAUGCUCAGAAUGGAAGCCAAACAAUAGUUUUCUCUAUUUAUAAGAAGCUAUGAAACUGAAAUGUGAUGAAUUAUCAUUGUAAGAAAAUCAUUAGAGACAACUUACAUUAAAUCCCUUUUAAAUUAUACUAACUCUUAAAUCAUCAUAUC